AUGAUCGCCCCCAAGGUUUUUGCCCUUGGCUCGCUUGUCGCGGGCGCCAUUGCUGGGCCCGUUACGGCUCCCUCACCGGUCUCGGAGGCUGAGUUCAACGACAUCGUCAAGCGUGCUGAGGGAAUCCACUUGGUCAACUGCAAGGACGGAGCUACGAAUAUCUACUCUGUAGUGGUGUACUGCGCCAACGAUAGCAACUGCAACUUCCGGCCUUCCUCGAGCAACGCGUGCUACCCCACUAGCGGUGUCAUGGCCUGGGAGGGCGGUGGCCAGUCGUGUGGUUUCUCCACCGGCGUGUACUUCUCUUGGAACAUCCAGUCGGAUGCACAAACAAAGGCUAAUUACAGUAAAGUUGGCACUGGCGGCAACGGCUUCCGUGAUUACACCAUCUACAAGGACGACCAGCACCACAUGUACACCGACAGCGACGGACACAGCUGCAAGAGCAUUUAUUACGCUGUCUAG